AUGCCAGCGGUACACUUGUCCGCACUUGAACGAGUAAAAACAAGUCCCGGAAACAACGUCUCUAUUCCUGGCUCUAUUGCUAAGAUGGGACCCUGCUCACCCUCGUCUGGAAUUAAUGCCUCUAUUCCCUGUCAGCCCACACAUGGUGACACCGAUACUCGACUCAGCUCGGGUUAUUCUCGUCUACAUUGUUCUGUCUCGGCAGUGACCACCGCUGCUCCCUUAGAGCUUACUGUGCUGUCUUCCACAGCGGCUGUUGCCGCUAGCAGCAAUUUGGCUUUGGCACUCAGGAAAAUGCCAAGUGGCUCUUCAACAUCAUCAUCUUCCUCUUCCUUAUCUUCAUCCUCCUCGUCUUCUGUCCCUGGGUCUGCUCCAACUAUCUCAGCAUCUUCAACUCGCACGCGUACACCACUCCCUGAUAACUGUGGUAAUAUCGCUGUAUCCCUGUCCGCCGUGGAUCACCCUUCUCAGUGUCAAGCAGCCAACAGCGUUAUAUUAUCCGCAGUUUCAAGUGCCUAUAAAACUCCAAGUUAUUACGGACUUGGUGAGCAUUUAUUAUAA